CUUUCCCACCACGCCAGGUCCUGCAGCUGGAGCUCCCAGGCGGGACCCAGCCAGCGGGCUGACCACUGGUGCCUGCGACGCUAGCGUCCUUUCCUCCUUUGGGCUCCUGGCAUGCGUUUGCCCUGCACAGCCAGGGGCUCUCGGCUGUCCCUGUUCCAGGCUUUUGGACUUGACUUUCUCAGCGGAGAAUGCAGCCUGAUAAAUGCAGGACAGCUAGCAGAAGUGUCAAAAAAGAGCUAGUGAUCGAGUCUCCCCUGCAAUACAAGGAUGCAGCCCAGGGAGAAGUGGACGUGGAGAGCCCAGGGCCAGUGCUGGCGAAGCCGAAGCUCAUUGAGCCUCUUGAUUAUGAGAAUGUCAUUGUUCAGAAGAAGACUCAGAUCUUGAAUGAUUGCUUACGGGAAAUGCUGCUUUUCCCCUACGAUGACUUCCAGACUGCUAUCCUCAGACGACAGGGUCGGUACAUACGCUCCACGGUUCCUGCAAAUGCGGAACAGGAAGCACAGAGCUUAUUUGUUACAGAGUGCAUCAAAACUUAUAACUCUGACUGGCAUCUUGUGAAUUAUAAAUAUGAAGACUACUCAGGAGAGUUUCGACAGCUUCCAAACAAAGUGGCUAAAUUGGAUAAACUUCCAGUCCAUGUCUAUGAAGUUGAUGAGGAGGUCGACAAGGACGAGGAUGCGGCCUCCCUCGGCUCUCAGAAAGGUGGGAUCACCAAGCACGGGUGGCUGUACAAAGGCAACAUGAACAGUGCGAUAAGCGUGACCAUGCGGUCAUUUAAGAGACGGUUUUUCCACCUGAUUCAACUUGGGGAUGGAUCCUAUAAUUUGAAUUUUUACAAAGAUGAAAAGAUCUCCAAGGAGCCGAAAGGAUCAAUAUUUCUGGAUUCCUGCAUGGGCGUCAUCCAGAACAACAAAGUCAGACGUUUUGCUUUUGAACUUAAGAUGCAAGACAAAAGUAGUUAUCUUUUGGCGGCAGACAGUGAAAUGGAAAUGGAAGAAUGGAUCGCCACUUUAAACAAGAUUCUCCAGCUCAACUUUGAAGCUGCAAUGCAAGAGAAGCGAAACGGAGACUCUCACGAAGAUGAUGAACAAAGCAAAUUGGAAGGCUCUGGUUCCAGUUUAGAUAGCUACCUGCCUGAACUUGCCAAGAGUACCAGAGAAGCCGAAAUCAAAUUGAAAAGUGAAAGCAGAGUUAAACUUUUUUACUUGGACCCAGAUGCCCAGAAGCUUGACUAUUCUUCAGCUGAGCCAGAUGUGAAGCCAUUUGAGGAGAAGUUUGGGAAACGAAUUCUUGUCAAGUGCAAUGAUUUAUCUUUCAAUUUGCAAUGCUGUGUUGCUGAAAAUGAGGAAGGACCCACUACCAAUGUAGAGCCUUUCUUUGUGACUCUGUCCCUGUUUGACAUAAAGUACAACCAGAAGAUUUCUGCUGAUUUCCACGUGGACCUGAACCAUUACUCAGUGAGGCAGAUGCUGAGCUCCGCGCCCACGGGCCUGAUGAACGGCAGCGGGCAGAGCUCCCCUGUGCUUCUGGAAGUCCUGCACGAGGCCGCCAUGCAGUAUCCAAAGCAGGGAAUCUUUUCGGUCACGUGUCCUCAUCCGGAUAUAUUUCUCGUGGCCAGAAUUGAGAAGGUCCUCCAGGGAAGCAUCACACACUGUGCUGAGCCGUAUAUGAAAAGUUCCGAUUCUUCUAAGGUUGCCCAGAAGGUGCUGAAGAAUGCCAAGCAGGCAUGCCAAAGACUAGGACAGUACAGAAUGCCAUUUGCUUGGGCAGCAAGGACAUUGUUUAGGGACACAUCUGGAAACCUUGACAAAAAUGCCAGAUUUUCUGCUCUCUAUAAGCAAGACAGCAAUAAGUUAUCAAAUGACGAUAUGCUGAAGUUACUUGCAGACUUUCGGAAGCCUGAGAAGAUGGCUAAACUUCCAGUGAUUUUAGGCAAUCUAGACAUCACAAUUGAUAAUGUUUCCUCAGACCUGCCCAAUUAUGUUAAUUCAUCAUACAUUCCCAUGAAGCACUUUGAAACCUGUAUUAAAACUCCAAUCACCUUUGAAGUGGAGGAAUUUGUGCCCUGCAUACCAAAACACACCCAGCCUUAUACCAUCUACAACAAUCACCUUUAUGUGUAUCCUAAGUACUUGAAAUACGACAGUCAAAAGUCUUUUGCCAAGGCUAGAAACAUUGCUGUUGGCAUUGAAUUUAAAGAUUCAGAUGAAGAAGAUGCUCAACCUCUGAAGUGCAUUUAUGGCCGACCUGGUGGGCCAGUGUUCAUGAGAAGCGCCUUUGCCGCCGUUUUACACCACCACCAAAACCCAGAAUUCUAUGAUGAGAUUAAGAUAGAAUUACCCACCCAGCUGCAUGAAAAGCACCACUUGCUGUUCACGUUUUUCCACGUCAGCUGUGAUAAUUCAAGUAAAGGAAGCACAAAGAAGAAGGAUGUGGUCGAAACGCAAGUUGGAUAUUCCUGGCUUCCUCUUCUGAAAGAUGGAAGGGUGGUGACCAGCGAGCAGCACAUCCCCGUGUCAGUCAAUCUUCCAUCUGGCUAUCUUGGCUACCAGGAGCUGGGGAUGGGCAGGCAUUAUGGUCCAGAAAUUAAAUGGGUUGAUGGAGGCAAGCCACUGUUGAAAGUGUCAACUCACCUGGUUUCCACAGUGUACACUCAGGAUCAGCAUUUACAUAAUUUUUUCCAGUACUGUCAGAAAACCGAAUCUGGUGCCCAGGCCUUAGGGAACGAACUUGUAAAGUAUCUUAAGAGUCUUCACGCGAUGGAAGGCCACGUGAUGAUUGCCUUCCUCCCCACCAUCUUAAACCAGCUGUUCCGCGUCCUCACCAGGGCCACCCAGGAGGAAGUUGCGGUCAACGUGACACGGGUCAUUAUUCAUGUUGUUGCCCAGUGCCAUGAGGAAGGACUGGAGAGCCAUUUGAGGUCAUAUGUAAAGUAUGCUUACAAGGCUGAGCCGUAUGUUGCUUCCGAAUAUAAGACAGUACAUGAAGAACUUGCCAAGUCCAUGACCACCAUUCUCAAGCCUUCUGCUGAUUUCCUCACCAGCAACAAGCUUCUGAAGUAUUCCUGGUUUUUCUUUGAUAUUUUGAUAAAAUCCAUGGCUCAGCAUUUGAUAGAGAAUGCCAAAGUUAAGUUGCUACGGAACCAGAGGUUUCCUGCAUCAUAUCAUCACGCAGUGGAAACGGUCGUUAACAUGCUGAUGCCACACAUCACGCAGAAGUUUCGAGACAACCCAGAGGCCUCUAAGAACGCGAACCACAGCCUUGCCAGCUUCAUCAAGCGAUGUUUCACCUUUAUGGACCGAGGCUUUGUUUUCAAGCAGAUCAACAACUACAUCAGCUGCUUUGCUCCUGGAGACCCGAAGACACUUUUUGAAUACAAGUUUGAGUUUCUCCGUGUAGUGUGCAAUCAUGAACAUUAUAUUCCUUUGAAUUUGCCAAUGCCGUUUGGAAAAGGCCGGAUACAGAGAUACCAAGAUCUCCAGCUCGACUACUCGUUAACAGAUGAGUUCUGCAGAAACCACUUCCUGGUGGGACUGUUGCUGCGGGAGGUGGGGACUGCCCUCCAGGAGUUCCGGGAAGUCCGUCUGAUUGCCAUCAGCGUACUCAAGAACUUGCUCAUAAAGCAUUCUUUUGAUGACAGAUACGCGUCAAGGAGUCAUCAAGCAAGGAUAGCCACGCUCUACCUACCUCUGUUUGGUUUGCUUAUUGAAAAUGUCCAACGGAUCAAUGUGAAGGACGUGUCCCCCUUCCCCGUGAACCCUGGCAACACGGUCAAGGAUGAAUCACUUAAUUUGCCAGCUGUGAACACAUUGGUGACACCACAGAAGUCGGUCAACACGCUGGAGAACAACCUGCACAAAGACCUUUUUGGGGCCAUCUCCGGCAUCGCUUCUCCAUAUACGACUUCGACUCCAAAUAUUAAUAGUGUGAGAAAUGCUGAUUCAAGAGGAUCUCUCAUAAGCACGGAUUCUGGAAACAGCCUUCCAGAGAGAAACAGCGAGAAAAGCAAUUCCUUGGAUAAGCACCAGCCAGGUGGCACUCUGGGAAACUCUGUGGUUCGAUGUGACAAACUUGACCAAUCUGAAAUAAAGAGCCUGCUGAUGUGUUUCCUCUACAUCUUGAAAAGCAUGUCUGAUGAUGCUUUAUUUACGUAUUGGAACAAGGCUUCAACAUCUGAACUUAUGGACUUUUUUACAAUAUCUGAAGUCUGCUUGCAUCAGUUCCAGUACAUGGGAAAGAGAUACAUCGCCAGGAACCAAGAGGGGUUGGGACCCAUAGUUCAUGAUCGAAAAUCUCAGACAUUGCCUGUUUCCCGUAACAGAACAGGAAUGAUGCAUGCCAGAGUGCAGCAGCUGGGCAGCCUGGAUAACUCUCUCACUUUUAACCACAGCUAUGGCCACUCAGAUGCCGACGUCCUUCACCAGUCUCUACUUGAAGCCAACAUCGCUACUGAAGUUUGCCUUACAGCGCUCGACACGCUCUCCCUCUUCACGCUGGCGUUUAAGAACCAGCUCCUGGCCGAUCAUGGGCAUAAUCCUCUCAUGAAGAAAGUAUUUGACGUGUACCUGUGUUUUCUUCAAAAACAUCAAUCUGAAACAGCUCUGAAGAACGUCUUCACUGCCUUAAGGUCAUUAAUUUAUAAGUUUCCGUCCACAUUUUAUGAAGGGAGAGCAGACAUGUGCGCAGCCCUCUGCUAUGAGGUCCUCAAGUGCUGCAACUCCAAGCUGAGCUCCAUCAGAACCGAGGCCUCGCAGCUGCUCUACUUCCUCAUGAGGAACAACUUCGACUACACCGGGAAGAAGUCCUUUGUGCGGACGCACUUACAGGUCAUUAUCUCUGUCAGUCAGCUGAUCGCAGACGUUGUUGGAAUUGGGGGGACCAGGUUCCAGCAGUCUCUGUCCAUCAUCAACAACUGUGCCAACAGUGACAGGCUCAUCAAGCAUACCAGCUUCUCCUCAGACGUGAAGGAUUUGACCAAAAGGAUACGCACAGUCCUGAUGGCCACUGCCCAGAUGAAGGAGCACGAGAACGACCCGGAGAUGCUGGUGGACCUCCAGUACAGCCUGGCCAAGUCCUACGCCAGCACCCCCGAGCUCAGGAAGACGUGGCUCGACAGCAUGGCCAGGAUCCACGUCAAAAACGGAGACCUCUCAGAGGCAGCGAUGUGCUAUGUCCAUGUGACAGCGCUGGUGGCAGAAUAUCUCACGAGAAAAGGCAUGUUUAGACAAGGAUGUACCGCCUUCAGGGUGAUCACCCCAAACAUAGAUGAGGAGGCGUCCAUGAUGGAAGAUGUCGGGAUGCAGGAUGUCCACUUCAACGAGGACGUACUGAUGGAGCUUCUGGAGCAGUGUGCCGACGGGCUCUGGAAGGCGGAGCGCUACGAGCUGAUUGCCGACAUCUACAAACUCAUCAUCCCCAUUUACGAGAAGCGGAGGGACUUUGAGAGGCUGGCCCACCUGUACGACACGCUGCACCGGGCCUACAGCAAGGUGACCGAGGUCAUGCACUCCGGCCGCAGGCUGCUGGGCACCUACUUCCGAGUGGCCUUCUUUGGACAGGGAUUCUUUGAAGAUGAAGACGGAAAGGAGUACAUUUACAAAGAGCCCAAACUCACACCGCUGUCAGAAAUUUCUCAAAGGCUCCUUAAGCUUUACUCGGAUAAAUUCGGUUCUGAAAAUGUGAAAAUGAUACAGGAUUCGGGCAAGGUCAACCCUAAGGACCUGGACUCCAAGUACGCCUAUAUCCAGGUGACUCAUGUCAUCCCGUUUUUUGAUGAAAAAGAGUUGCAAGAGAGGAAGACCGACUUUGAGAGAUCGCACAACAUCCGGCGCUUCAUGUUUGAGAUGCCCUUCACUCAGGCGGGGAAGCGGCAAGGUGGCGUGGAGGAGCAGUGCAAGCGGCGCACGGUCCUCACAGCCAUACACUGCUUCCCUUAUGUGAAGAAGCGGAUCCCCGUCAUGUACCAGCACCACACGGAUCUGAACCCCAUCGAGGUGGCCAUUGACGAAAUGAGCAAGAAGGUGGCCGAGCUCCGGCAGCUGUGCUCCUCGGCCGAGGUGGACAUGAUCAAGCUGCAGCUCAAACUGCAGGGCAGUGUGAGCGUUCAGGUCAACGCUGGCCCACUGGCAUAUGCCCGAGCUUUCCUAGAUGAUACAAACACCAAACGCUAUCCUGACAAUAAAGUGAAGUUGCUUAAAGAAGUUUUCAGACAAUUUGUGGAAGCUUGUGGUCAAGGCUUAGCGGUAAACGAACGUCUGAUUAAAGAAGACCAGUUAGAGUACCAGGAAGAAAUGAAGGCCAACUACAGAGAAAUGACGAAAGAGCUUUCUGAGAUCAUGAAGGAGCAGAUCUGCCCCCUGGAGGAGAAAUCGAGCGUCCUACCAAAUUCCCUUCACAUCUUCAAUGCCAUCAGUGGGACCCCAGCAAGCACAAUGGUUCAUGGGAUGACCAGCUCUUCUUCCGUGGUGUGAUCUCGCCUCCUGCACUGGGUGUGGGCACUCACUUUAUCAUUUGCAAACUCAGGAUGAUUUCCAAAG